AUGCAGUCCAUUGGCCCCAGAAGGGCCUCUCAGAGGCUUCUGGGUAAGUUAUCGCAUAAUAGUCGACUCUCGGUCAUCGAUGUAUCGUCCCAUUUGAACCUGUCGCGUCCUGUCGCUCAAAUUUCUUCGAGAAAAAUAUUUGCUCGAUGUCAUAGUACACAACCUCCAGCCGAACCUGGAUUUGAUAGCCGUGUAAAAGAAAUUCAGGCUGCAGUCCCUAAUCCAUAUCCACGUCUGGAAAGUAAUGCAAACAGGCUUAGCAUUGAGGAAUUUCGUGCCCGAUAUGACUAUCUCGAACCCAACCAGGUAGUUGAGGAGGACGAAGUUGUGGUCCAGGGCAGAAUACGAACAGCCAGACUGGCAGGCAGCAAAUUGAUAUUUUUUGAUCUCGUCCAGAAUGAUCACAAGAUCCAGGGCAUGUGGAAUCUGCGUAUGUCGGCCGAUGUAACUCCUGAGAAAUUCAAGGUAAUUUAUCGUCUGCUUCGUCGCGGAGAUGCUCUUUCUAUUACCGGAAAACCUCAUCGGACUGGAAGAGGAGAACUCACAAUCAAAGUGACUGAAAUACCAAUUCUUCUAUCUCCUUCUCUACACGAUAUCCCCACCGAUACAAAGGAGCAUGGUAUCUCUGGAUACCCUCGGCAUGUCCAAUUCCUCGCCGACAAACGUACCUCGGAUAUCAUGCGGAUACGAUCCGCGAUCAUUCAAUAUAUUCGCCAAUUCUUCGUUGAACGUGCGUUCAUGGAGGUGAAUACGCCUAUUAUGGCUAGUGAAGCUGGUGGCGCAACUGCGCGUCCUUUUGUGACUACAGCCAACGAGUUUCCGGAUAAGUCGUUAUAUUUGAGGAUAGCACCUGAGUUGUGGCUCAAGCGGUUGGUUAUUGGUGGAUUUGAUAAGGUCUUUGAGAUUGGGGCGUCAUUCCGAAACGAAGGUAUCGAUAAAUCGCACAAUCCCGAGUUCACGACAUGCGAGUUUUACAUGGCAUAUGCGAACCUGGAAGAUGUAAUGUCCAUGACCGAGAGCCUAUUCUCUGGCCUAGCAGAACAUGUCACACAACACAAGGAACGCAUGAACUCCGAAAUCCCAACUCCAAACACAAACUUCUCAGCCCCCUUUCGACGGAUAGACUUCAUCCCUGGAAUCGAGCAAGCCAUCAACCGGCCCUUACCAGAUCUAUCUUCCCCUACCGCAGAAGAAGAUGUGAAACAACUCUUCGCAGACCUCUCAAUCCCUCUCCCCGACCUUCCCACUCUCCCUCGUCUGAUGGACAAGCUCUGCUCAACCUACCUCGAACCCCAAUGCAUCGAACCAACAUUCAUAACCCAUCCUCCCGAAUGCCUCUCCCCACUCUCAAAAUCCUUCUUACAGAACAACCAACGUGUCGCCGCUCGGUGUGAACUCUUCAUCGAAGGCAGAGAAUAUGUCAACGCCUACGAAGAAGAGAAUUCUCCAUGGGAGCAAAGGCAGAAAUUCGAGCAGCAAAAGAUCUUCAAUCAGCAUACAAAUGAGUCUACGGGUGUAGAUGAGAGUUAUUUGCAAGCGAUGGAAUGGGGGCUGCCACCGACGGGAGGUUGGGGGUGUGGAAUUGACAGGCUUGUAAUGCUGUUUACGGAUUCGAAGAGGAUUGGGGAUGUGUUGCCUUUUAAGACUUUGAGGUCUAUUUAG